AUGCCACAGGGAUAUCAGACGAUUGAUGCAUUGACCAAGUACGGUCGCGCCAUCAACUCUUUGAGGUUGUGCCUGGAUAACCCCGUCAAGGCCAGGAUGCCCGAGACGAUGUGUGCUGUAUAUCUCAUCAUGAUCUGCCAGGGUUGGCUAGGCAGAGACGACGAUCCAUGCACGAGCCAUGGUCAGGGUCUGGCAUAUCUCCUCAAAGCAGCAGCACGAGAGAACUGGAAAGCUGGUUUCGAAACAGACAUGGUCCUUACAUUCUGUGUCCCAGUGAUCAUAGAAAGCAUCUCAAACCCCAAAGUCAAAUUAGAAAAGUGGUUCUGGGACAUGCUUGACAACUUUAAAAAGAACAACCCCCCAUCCACGGCCGAAACAAGACAAGCACAACAAGAUGGACAAGAAUCAGGGGGUAUUCCAAGUCUUUCGAUACGAAACUUGGGAAGACUGCCCGACUUUAUCAACGACCCUGAGACGCAUCGUAUGGAGAUAACGUGUGCAUAUCAUAGAUUAUGCCGAGACCUGCGCAAAGUAGCAGAGAUUGUUAGAGCUGUGACAUGGGAACCUGGAUACUCUCCCACGCCCAUGCAACUCCGACUGUCACGUUCGUACAACUCUGCAUACUCUGUCAUGCUCACGGUUCUCGUCAUAAUGAACUGCCUCAUGCAAGCCUUUGACCCCUACAAUCUCGCUCUCGUGGGUGAAGCAGCACUCUGUUCUUCAGAGGUGGUAUCCAUGGCACGAAACAUCAGUCAGUACCGACCGCUUGGGGCAAGUCAUGUUCCGUUGGCGCUCGCUAUCGCGUGGGCCGCUACUGAAGAAGAGGGUCUGAAGACGCAACUGUAUGACCUGCUAAGCGAGUAUCAACAGGACUGGAUGGUGACACGGUGGGAAAAGGUUGGAUUUUGGUGGAUGGAUAAGUUUGCCGAGUUGAGGGAAAGAUUGGCGCCUAGGGUGGUUUCUCCGGAUGACGAGGAUAUAUUGAUCCUUGAAGGUGCGGGUGUGGGUUUAAGUCACCGACCCAAGCAACCUGCCGAAGAGUGUUGUGUUAUGUAG